CAAAGAGCUACGCUACGUCGUAGCUAGACCGCGAAUCGAAGUUAAUUAUUUAGUGGGCUACGAGAGCUAAUGGAAACGUGAUUAAUUAAUUAACAUACAUCAUUUAUUACUUUAUUCGUAUAUUAUAGAAGAAUUUAUAGAUUUUUUGUACGAAAUCAGAUGUAAAUACACUGAUUUAGAGAAUUAAAAAGCCGGCGUCGCUGGUUACAAUAUCGUUUUUUUUUCGUUUUUUAUACUGGUGAAAUUGAAAUUUUAGUUUGUAAUCAAUUAUGAAUAAUGCGUUAGAAUAGACUAUACAGACAUAAUUAUUGAGUUAAUAUCAAGCAAGGUGCAAAUAUACUGUAGGGAUGAGAAUAAAGAUGUUCUCUUGUGCUAUAUUCUUUUGUAUAUUGAUGCUACUGAUAGUGGAUACAAGGAUUGGUGCUUUGCCACAGACAAGUAUCCAGCCUCGAAAAUGUCAUUUAAGCACUAAUGCCAGUUGGGUCGGCAUGUGUCCAGAUGAAAAACCCUAUUGCACUACAGUUGUGUCAACUCCUAAUUUAACGAUCUCUCUUGCCUGCGGAGCGGCUCAAGGGUCACCUUGUGUUUUGGAAUACAAAACUGAAUAUCUGUUGACCUGCAUAUGUGAUGACAAUCUCUGCAAUGCGCCUUACAAUCAACAGUUACGGGACGAGCUGCUCAAUUUUUCAACAAACUUCCCGGCGAAUAGCGAUGCCAAUUUGACAGAGAUAUUUUUAAAAUUCACGACGUACGCUAACGUCAGUAAUGAAGCCAUUUAUGAAAUGGUAACUGCAAAUACGACAUCGACCUCAAUAGCUCCCGUGACCUCUACGAGCGCUACAGCCAAAAACUCAACACACGUUCCUAAGUUGCCACACGCUGAGGCGUUAAAACAGGCGACAAUACCUCCUGAUGAUGAUGAAGAUGAGGGUGAAGGAAGCGGAGUUGAUGAGUCCAAACUACAUGAGCAUGCGUCACCAGCCGCUCCAAGUUCAUUUCUUCCAGCGAAAGAAAACGGCGCACCUGGUUCUUCUCUAAACAUCUUAUACUUAGUACUUUUAUUUCUUAAUCCAUACUUUUAAUUCUAGUUUAGAUAGAAUUAAGAUAAACUACCUGAGAAUUUAUUAGGCUUUUUGACCUAAUAUGGGAGCAAAUUACUUCUUCCGACGGUUUUUGUUUUUGACACAGCCAAUUUCAGUACCUAUAGGAAUAACCAGUUUUAUGCAUAAAUACAUAAUAAUAAUUCAUUGACAUUCAUGAUUUUAGUCUCUUGUUAAAAUUUAGAGAACAUAAUAGAUAGUACUUGUGCCAAUUGAACCAAAAAUUAAUACCUACUUUACUGACGGGUUAUUUAUGAUUAACGGUCAUAUUUUUGUGCCAAUAGUUUAUACAUUUUAUCUACAGUGUGUUUCCAUUAAAAACUUAUUUUAUAUUGUUGUAAAUUAAAGUGAUAUAGAGAAAUUAUACAGGAUACUUUUUAAAAUUAUAAAAGACACAUUUGCACACGACUAGAUUUAAGGUCGCUCAAUAUUUAACUAUUUAGCGAACGUGAAUGUUGAACUUAGAUUUUCUUCAUAAAAAUUUAGUCUCUCAUGUAAUAAUAAUAAGAUAUAAAAAAAUGUACUUAGAAAAGCGCAAAGUUUUUGUUAUAAUUUAUUAAAAUAGCCAUUAUGAAAGACAUAAGUUACUAAUUAAGAUAUCACUCACUUCAAAAUUACUUGUACUAUUAUAAUUAUAUAGAUGCCAGAUCAUUAGAUUCCAUAUUUAUGAUGUACAAUAGGCUAAUGCUAUUAAUAAUUAACAUCGAAAAAACUGCCCUGAAAUCUCUUUAAACACCUGUAGAUAUUGUCAAUUAUACAAUUUUAUCUUUAUUUUAGU